UUACAUACAUAUAAAUCCAUUUAAGUAGUAUGCAUACCCGUGACACGUGUUGCAGCUAAGGUGUCAAUGUUGGAGCAAAAAAAUUAAAUUUACAAAAUGGCAAAACGAAAAUUGAAAUCUGAUAACGAGUCUGCCUCAACAAAUCAAGAAAAGUCAUCAAAGAAAAAUAAAAUAGAAAAUAACAAUAAUAUAAAAGAAAAUAAAGAUAAUAAAUUUGAAAUAAAAGGAACAACAAAGGAAAAAUAUGCAAAAAUUUUGACUAAAAAUGACAAAGAAAAUCAUAAUAUUAACAAUAUGAAGAAAAAAUUAAAGAUAGUAAGCAACAACUCUAUGGAAAAACCAAAUUGGCUAGAAUUUAGGAAAGAGAAAAAAGAGCUUAAAAAAAAACGUUUAGCAAAACGUUUCAGUAAUAUUUAUGAUUUAUCAAUUGCAGCAAAGCAGCUUGGUGAGAAAUUACGUAGGUCUGACUGUUCAAAACUAGAACGUAAAAAGCUAAUUUUAAAGGCACAUGAUUUAUUAAUGACUAAUUACAAUAGAAUAGUAUUCACUCAUGAUAUGUCCCGUAUUGUUCAGUGGAUCCUUAAGUAUUGUGAUGCAGAAAUUCGGCAAGUUAUUUUUGUAGAAUUAAAACCUUCACUUUUAUCUAUGAUUGAAUCAAAAUAUGCAAAGAAUUGCAUAAAAACAUUAUUAAAAUAUGGAUCUCAAGACAUUAGGCAGGAAAUUAUUUCUUCUUGUUAUGGUAAUGUAGUAAAAUUCAUGAGUCAUUCUGUGUCUGCACCAUUAUUGGAACUCAUGUAUUCAACAUGGGCUACAGAAGUAGAGAAAAGAUAUUUCAAACAAGAAUUUUAUGGUGACAUGUAUAAACAGGCUAAAGAUAAACAAAUUAAGACUUUAUCUGAUGUAUAUAUAACUGCAAAAGAUAUGAAAGCAGCAACAUUAUCUGCAGUAAAAGGAAAUUUAAUGAGGAUAUUAAAUAAGAAAUUUUUAAAUUCCAUUCUUGUACACUCUGUUCUUUUAGAAUUCUUAAAUAAUUGUUCUGUUGAAGAUAGAACAGAAAUAAUAACUAUGUUGAAGAGUUCACUAGUAGAACUGUGUCAAACAAAAUUUGGUUCAAAAGUUGCUGUAUUAUGUAUAUGGCAUGGUACGAACAAGGAUAGAAAAAUCAUUAUAAAAUCUCUUAAAGAAAAUAUAAAAAAUAUUUCAAUGUCUGAACAUGGAUAUUUGAUAUUAUUAGCAUUAUUUGAUUCAGUGGACGAUACUGUUUUAAUAAAAAAAAUUAUAUUCCCAGAAAUACAAGAUGAUCUAACAGAUAUAGCAUUAAAUGAUUAUGGAAAACAUGUAAUAUUGUACUUAAUAGCUAGAAGAAAUUCUCAUUACUUUGCUCCCAGCAUAGUAAAAUAUUUGGAGCAAGGAGACAACAAUGCAACAAGCAAAAAGUCAAGUCAAGUAAGAGAAAAAGAACUUUUAGAUUCAAUAUCUGAUUCACUUCUUCAAUCUGUAAUUACAAACACCCCAAUUUGGAUGACCAACGGUUCUAUUGCAAUGGUAACGUUGGCAAUAUUGAAAAUAGGUACUGGAGAAAAAUUAGAAAAAGCUUUUGAAGCUAUUGUUAUGUUUAUCACAAACUCAAAAUCAAAAAUUAAAGAAGGAGAUAAAGAAUAUAAACCGAUUGAACAUACCGGUUUACAUAUGAUGUUAAAAAAACUUAUACAGAAUGACAAAGAGUUACAAGAGAAGAAUAAAAAUACAUUUGGAAAAAUAUUAAUUGAUCAUUUAGAAACAAAUAUUAUAGAGGAAUGGAUAGAAUGUAAUAGAGGAUGCUUUCUAUUAGUAUUAUUAUUAGAAAAUGAAACUCUAUCUAUUGUAAAUACUAUAGUUUCUAAAUUGAAACCAAUGAAAAAUAUUUUGAAGUUAAAAUCAAAUCCGGGUGCCAAAAUUUUGUUAAAAAAAUUAAAAUAGACAAAUUAUUUACUUAAAU